AGAUUCGAUUCCAUUUGGGCUCAAGAGUUUUGGUGCCGAUUUCAGCAUUCAGUGAUACAUCCGCCCUUUUUUCUCUCAAUUCAUCAUGGCCAAGAAGACCGCCAUCGGAAUUGAUCUUGGCACCACCUACUCAUGCGUGGGUGUUUGGAAGAACGAUGGAGUGGAGAUCAUUGCGAAUGAUCAGGGGAACCGGACCACUCCGUCCUAUGUGGCCUUCACCGACACCGAGCGACUGAUUGGCGAUGCCGCGAAGAAUCAGGUGGCCCGCAAUCCCGAGAACACUGUCUUCGACGCCAAGCGGCUCAUCGGCCGGAAGUUCACAGAGGCGCACGUGCAGGCGGACAUGAAGUUGUGGCCCUUCAAGGUCAUUUCGGGCCCGGCAGAGAAGCCCAUGAUCGUGGUGAACGCGCAAGGUGAGGAGAAGAAGUUCCACCCAGAGGAGAUCUCCUCCAUGGUCUUGUUGAAGAUGAAGGAGACGGCUGAGGCCUACUUGGGCACCAAGAUCAAUGAUGCCGUGGUCACCGUGCCUGCCUACUUUAACGAUUCCCAGCGUCAGGCCACCAAAGAUGCGGGCACCAUCUCCGGCAUGAACGUGCUUCGUAUCAUCAACGAGCCCACGGCCGCUGCGAUCGCCUAUGGCCUCGACAAGAAGGGCACAGGUGAGCGCAACGUGCUCAUUUAUGACAUGGGUGGAGGCACCUUCGACGUGUCUUUGUUGACCAUCGAAGAUGGCAUUUUUGAGGUGAAGGCCACCGCGGGUGACACCCACUUGGGUGGUGAGGACUUCGACAAUCGCGUGGUGGACUUUUGCAUCCAGGACUUCAAGCGCAAGAACCGCAACAAGGACAUGACCGGCAACCAGCGUGCCAUCCGACGCUUGAGGACGCAGUGCGAGCGUGCCAAGCGCACUUUGUCCUCCUCAACUCAGGCCACCAUUGAGAUCGAUUCCUUGUUCGAGGGCAUUGACUAUUCCUGCAGCUUGUCGCGAGCACGCUUUGAGGAGUUGUGCAUGGAUUACUUCCGCAACUCCAUGGGCCCUGUGGAGAAGUGCCUCAAGGAUUCAGGCAUCGACAAGAAGAGCGUACACGAUGUGGUUUUGGUGGGUGGCUCCACCCGAAUCCCUAAGGUGCAAUCGAUGAUCCAGGAGUUCUUCAACGGCAAGGAGCCCAACAAGUCCAUCAACCCCGAUGAGGCCGUGGCCUACGGUGCGGCCGUGCAGGCGGCCAUCCUCACCGGCGAGGGCUCCUCGCAGGUGCAGGACUUGCUGUUGCUGGACGUGACCCCGUUGUCCAUGGGGCUGGAGACCGCCGGCGGUGUGAUGACCAAGCUGAUUGAGCGCAACACCACCAUCCCAACCAAGAAGGCACAGACCUUCACCACGUAUGCCGACAACCAGCCAGGUGUUUUGAUCCAAGUCUUUGAGGGAGAGCGAGCCAUGACCAAGGACAACAACUUGCUGGGCAAGUUCCACUUGGAUGGCAUCCCCCCUGCCCCACGUGGAGUGCCACAGAUCGAAGUCACCUUCGACAUCGAUGCCAACGGUAUCUUGAACGUGAGGGCCUCUGACAAGUCCACUGGAAAGUCGAACCAGAUCACCAUCACCAACGAAAAGGGCCGCUUGUCCCAGUCCGAGAUUGACCGCAUGGUGCAGGAGGCCGAGAAGUUCCGUGCCGAGGAUGAGGCCAACAAGCAGAAGAUUGAAGCCAAGAACGGUUUGGAGAACUACUGCUUCACCAUGAGAAACACCUUGAACGAGGAGAAGCUGAAGGACAAGUUCGAGGGCGGCGACAAGGAGAAGAUCGAGGCGGCAGUUCAGGAGACCUUGGACUGGUUGGAUAAGAACCAGCUGGCCGAGAAGGACGAAUUCGAAGCCAAGCAGAAGGAGCUGGAGGGCGUUGUGAACCCCAUCAUGAUGAAGGUCUACCAGGCCGCAGGCGGCGGCGGUAUGCCAGAAGGUGGCAUGCCCGGUGCCGACAUGGGUGGCGCCCCAGGUGGCAACAGUGGCCCCACCGUUGAGGAAGUGGACUAAGCGCUGAGAAGUUUCUCAGCUGCCACCCAAGCCAGCUUCUAAGCUGCUGGACCAUUCAAAGGCUUUGCCCAGAGACCAAUGAUGUACAGUUACUGCAGGUGAAAAUGGGAUUGAUGUUGCUCAUUAAUUAGAUUACAAUAU